UUCUAAUAAUUAACUCUUCUUGUUCACAGAUAACUACUCUUAUUAAUCAUAAGGAUAAACCAAAGCGUUCAGACAAGACUCUGCAAGCAAUUCAGCGAGUGGGCCAAGCAGUUAACCUGGCAGUUGGAAGAUUUGUUACAGUAGGUGAAGCUAUAGCCAAUGAAAAUCAUGAAUUGAAAGAGGAAAUGAGUGUUGCUUGCAUCGAGGCAAGGAGAGCAGGUGAAACAAUCGCACAGCUUACGAAUGUGGCAAGCUUGGAUCAUCCAGAAUCUGAUAGCCAUAUAACAGUCUUUACGGACAAAACGAGUGUGGUGAAAGCUGCAAGGUUGUUGCUUUCUUCUGUCACGAAGGUGCUGGUGUUAGCAGACAGAAUUGUUAUUAAGCAAAUUAUAACUUCCAGAAACAAGGUUCUUGCAACAAUGGAACAACUAGAAAAAGUCAGUAGUUUCCAGGAGUUUGUACAAAUAUUCAGCCAGUUUGGAAAUGAAAUGGUAGAGUUUGCCCAUUUAACUGGAGAUCGGCAAAAUGAUUUGAAGGAUGAGAAAAAAAAGGCUAGAAUGGCAGCAUCUAGGGCUGUUCUUGAGAAGUGCACCAUGAUGCUCCUAACUGCUUCAAAGACUUGUCUGAGGCAUCCAGACUGUGAAUCUGCUCGUAUAAACAAAGAUGGAGUUUUUCAUCGGAUGAGAUUAGCUUUGGAACAGGUAAUAGAAAUUGUAACUGACUCUAGAUCAAACGGAGAAAAUGAAGUGGCCCCCAUCAGCAUAUAUUCUGGCAUCAAAGAAUUCAAGAAUAAGGUGGAGGGUCUUCGUGAGAAUCUUUAUUUUCUCUCAAAAGAGAACCUCUCGACAAUGCUGGAAGUUAUCCUGGAACACACGGAGGACUUCACAGACUCUGCCUAUACCAGUCAUGAGCACAGAGAACACAUUUUGGAGCUGUCUAAACAGGCUAAAAUGGAACUAGAGCAGCUGGUUUCAGUGUGGAUGCAAGCUCAAAACCAGAAGACAAAGGAUCUUAUGGAAGACUUGGAAGUAGCCAUUCUAAAAACAUGCCAGUGCAUGAAUGAACUUAAAAGAGAGGUCCACAGUGCAGCAACAUCUUUGGCAGCAGAUCUGCUAAAAUACCAUACGGAUCAUAUGGUUCUCAAAGCCUUAAAAAUCACAGGAGUAGAAGGAAAUCUUGAAGCUGUAGCAGAAUAUACUUGCAAGCUAUCAGAGCAGAAGGAGCAACUUGUUGAGAUGUGUCGCUUAUUGAGGCAUGUUUCUGGAACCGAGCCCCUCGAGAUUACUUGCAUACAUGCAGAAGAUACCUUUCAGGUCACUGGCCCACAGAUAAUUUCUGCUGCAGAAACACUGGCAUUACAUCCAUCUAGCAAGAUUGCAAAAGAAAAUCUUGAGGUGUUCUGUGAGGCCUGGGAGUCUCAACUGAGUGACAUGUCCAUGUUGUUAAGAGAAAUCAAUGAUGUGUUUGAAGGAAGAAGAGGAGAGAAGCGUGUCUACCUAUCACUGCCCAGACCAGGGAAGCAUAAUGCAAAUCUGAAAGCAUUAAAGCCAGUCAAACUAGAUACUGAGGAACAGGCAAAAAUUGCAAAACUUGGAUUAGAAUUGCAUCUGCUCACAUCUGAUCUGGAUUCUGAGACAGAGAAAUGGGAGGAUCAGGAGAAUGAGAUCGUGCAACAUGGGCAAGGCAUGUCAAGUAUGGCCUACUCCAUGUAUUUAUUUACCAGAGGAGAAGGACUUCUGAAAACUACUCAAGAUUUAUUUCAUCAAGCAGAGAUUUUUGCUACAGAGGGCACAAAGCUUGCUUCAGCUCUUCAUGCCUUUUCUGAUCAGAUACACGAUGAUGACAAACCUUUGCUUCUGUUGGAGGCUGAAAAACUGAUCUCUAUGUGCAAGCAGCUCCAGAUAACAGCUAAAGCUUCUGUUCAGGGUAAAAGUGCUACAUUUACAAAGGUUGAUGCAUGCAUCCUGAAAACAAGGAAUGUGAUGACUCUGUUAUGCCAACUUCUUCCACUUUGCUGCAAAUUACUGAGAAAGAAUAAAGCAGGAAAUGGCUGUCUUAAACCUGCUCCACCGUGGAGAGAAGACAGAAUACGAACUGGUACAAAUGCACAUACUCCAGAAAGGAGAGCUGAGACAUUUGGCAUCAAGUCUUUAGAAAAUCAUGUAACAAACAUGACAUUUUUAGAGAGCAAGUAAUUAUAGCACUUAGAAAUGCAGGCCUCCCAUUUGAAAAUAACACUUGCUGAAUUUUCAAUAUUGCUUUCAUUUGUGGAAAGUCAAACCA